UGAUAAAAUCAACAGAGACAAAUGUGACAAAGUAGCGAGGGGAGCUGUUGUAUCAAUCAGACGCGUCCUUCUUGCCACGAGGCAUCAUGUGCUCGGAUACCUGACCUGACCAGACGACUGAUAACUGCUCAUCUGGCUCUUUGAGUGUGAAUGUGUGGUUUCUGAGGGACCAUAUGGCACAAUACCACACAUUAUAGGUCCACUUUCUAUGAACUAACAUGGACAAAGUGGUCAUCAGUCUCCUGCUCCUGGGAACCGCAGUCAUGAUGGUCCAUGCAUGUCCCAAAUACUGUUCUUGCCAGAACCUCUCAGAGUCUCUCGGGACCCUGUGUCCCUCCAAAGGUUUGCUCUUCGUCCCACCGGACAUCGACCGGCGAACUGUGGAGCUCCGGCUGGGCGGCAACUUCAUCCUCAAGGUCACCACUCAGGACUUUGCCAACAUGACUGGUCUGGUGGAUCUAACCCUGUCCCGCAACACCAUCAGCACCAUCCAGCCUUUCUCUUUCAUUGACUUGGAAACCCUCAGAUCUCUGCACAUGGACACUAACCGGUUGACCGAGCUGGGGCCGGACGACCUGCGAGGGCUGAUCAACCUGCAGCACCUGAUACUCAACAACAAUCAGCUGAAUCAGAUCGCCGAUUCAGCCUUUGAUGAUGUGUUUCUGACACUGGAGGAUCUGGAUUUGUCAUAUAAUAACUUGCGCAGCUUGCCUUGGGACUCCGUCCGCAAGAUGGUCAACCUCCAUCAGAUGAGUCUGGAUCAUAAUCUCAUCAAUUUCAUACCUGAGGGGACUUUUACAGAUCUAGAAAAACUGGCCCGUUUGGACCUCACCUCCAACCGUCUGCAGAAGCUCCCCCCAGACCCCAUCUUUGCACGCUCUCAGAGCAGCAUUGUGAUGAGCACGCCAUACACACCUAUGCUCUCUCUAAGCUUCGGUGGAAAUCCACUGCACUGCAACUGUGAAGUGCUUUGGCUUCGAAGGCUGGAACGUGACGAUGACAUGGAAACCUGUGCUUCUCCUGCCAAUCUCAAAGGACGCUAUUUUUGGUCCGUCCGUGAGGAUGAGUUUGUCUGUGAGCCCCCUCUGAUCACACAACAUACGCACAAGUUGCUCGUCCUGGAAGGCCAAACGGCAAGUUUACGCUGCAAAGCUGUUGGGGAUCCCAUGCCAACCGUGCAUUGGGUCGCCCCCGAUGACCGCUUGAUCAGCAACUCCUCCCGUGCGACGGUAUAUGAAAAUGGCACCCUGGACAUUACAGUCACCACAUCCAAGGAUUACGGUGUCUUUACUUGCAUAGCUGCUAAUGCUGCUGGGGAAUCGACAGCCUCCAUUGAGCUAUCAAUCAUUCAACUCCCUCAUCUGAGUAAUGGUACAAAUCGUACCACACAAUCCAAGUCUGGGCUUUCGGACAUAACUAGCUCCACCAAGAUAGGUAAAGGGGAACCUAAAGCUCCUCCAGAGAAGGUGGUGACUGUAUCAGAAGUGACUGCUGUCUCGGCUCUGGUCAAGUGGACUGUGAGCAAAUCCACUCCGAAGGUCAAAAUGUUUCAGCUUCAGUACAAUUGUUCUGACGAUGAAGUCCUCAUUUACAGGAUGAUUCCCAUGACGAACAGAGCCUUUGUAGUCACAAAUCUUGUCCCGGGGGUCCAGUAUGACCUGUGUGUCUUGGCCAUCUGGGAUGACACUGCUACCACCCUCACUGCCACCAACAUUGUCGGCUGUGUCCAGUUCAUCACUACGGAGGACUACCCUCAGUGCCAGUCUCUUCACAGUGGAUUCCUGGGAGGCACCAUGAUCCUGGUCAUCGGUGGAAUCAUCGUGGCCACACUGCUGGUAUUCAUCAUCAUUCUCAUGGUGCGCUACAAGGUGACCAGUGGGAUCAACACUAAUAAAUUGCCCACUGUGAACAACACGUACUCGCAGACCAACGGGGGAUUGAACAGGUUCAACGGGGCGCCGCCGCAGGUCAAGUCUACAGUGGUUGUCAUGCGUGAGGAAAUGGUGGAGUUCAAGUGUGGAUCUCUCCAGAGCAGCCUCUCCUCAUCCUCCUCCUCCUCUAACUCAUUAGAGAGCCAACCGGGGAGAGGGGCUGGUGAUCGCUACAGCAUGCAAGGCAGUGAAUGCAGCACCUUGCCCAGCAAGUUUAGAAGGCACGGGCAUAGCGCCAAAGCACGGCCAAACCUGGACCACCUUUUAGGGGCCUUUACCUCACUGGAGCUGCGAGGGGCAGCAAGGGACCAGCAAGGGACUUCUGGCCCUUCCACCGCUCCCAAUACUAUGAUGACGGUGGCUAUUGCUCCCCUGUCUGAUAAAGAACCUCUGCUAGGAAGAGCGGAGUCCACCAACAUGCUGGGACGUCUGCUAGGGCUACCCCAGGAGGGUAAGCCCAAGAGGAGCCAUUCAUUUGACAUGGGCCAUGUGGGGUCUACGCCAUGUCGCGGCAACUACCCCCGCAGGAUCAGUAACAUCUGGACUAAACGCAGUCUGUCUGUGAACGGCAUGUUGCUGCAGUAUGAUGACAGCGAGGAUGAGAAGCCCGCAUUUGAGAGCACCGAGUGGGUGAUGGAGAGCACAGUUUGAGUGCAGUUGGUUGAACUGUGAGGUCUAUGGUCGAACUAUAAAUCUAUAUCAGGAACUAAAGGACCAUCAGUGCAGAGGAACGCGUACUCCGUUGGGAAUACAACUUUGCAUGAAGAUCAUCCAUGUGAAUACUGUCUAAGUAACUAUGUGUGAAAAGACACUUGAAUUAAUAGAUUCCCGGCCAUGAUCUCAACUCUCUCUGUAUUUGAAAAAAAAAAAAAAUCCAUUUUGAACAACACCAAAUCUUGGAUUGUGCAGAUAUAUGGCCCAUGUGGACAAAUUCCCAAUCUAGAGGGCACAUGAGAGUGUUCUCUGAGAAAAAGGAGUUAAAAGUGGAUACACUAAGUCUCGCGCCAAGAGGAUUUUCCUCGACUGUGGAACUGAACUGAAUGCACAUCACAAUGUCGUGGAUCCUCAGCAUGAAAUGGGACUACUGCAAUGGUUGAGGGAGAAGGACCAGUGGAGCGAGAGGAGAAUUAAAACAAAGUCAUCUUUAUUUUCAUGUGGGGUUUUCUAUCAUUUUUACUAUUUAUUAUUUGAGGUGAUUCAUCAGCAGGCAGACACCCAGCUCUGUAAUGAGGUAGUUAUAGAUGUUGGAAUCCAAAAUACACACAUAAGCUACAGUGCCCCUUCACAAACUGCAAUCUCACAUCAAUUAAGUUAAUGCUUUAUAUCGAGUUUAAAUCGAUCACAACCUGACAACAAGGCAAAAAGCAGUCCUGGUCUCUAGCUAUCUGUAACACCGAACCAGUCCUGUUUUCUACCUCAGGUUAUGUAUCAUAUGAGGUUAUUUAUAUUAUAAAUAGAAGUACAACCAGAAUUUAAUGUAAAUGGGUGGAUUGCAAACACAAAACCAUAGUUGUUGCAAAAUAAUAUAUUUAGUUUCGAACCAAUUGAAUCCAGUAAGUUCUCAUCCUGCUGCAACAAAACAUCUUUCUAAAUGAUUUGAUGAACUACCCCCCCCCCCUCCAUUGAUUGUGGGCUAAAACUCCAUCGAUAUUAACAGAGAGUUCUCUCAGGGUAUGGUUUUCAGAUGCUAUUAGCGCACACUACAGUAGCCAGAUGUGAAUGGUCUUUGAAAUCCAUGGGACCCCGCAUAAUCACAUGAUUAAAAACACAGCAAGAUGUAUGAUUCAGCUGUGAUUUAUCUCUCCUUCAUGUUCAUACUGGACUGUACAUUGCAGUGAAAUACUCUGAAUUAUUGACUAUUCAGAUGAACCACAACAUCCCCACACAUUCUGAUGCCUUUCUCAGUACCCUGUUGGUCUCUGCUGCAUUUCAAGAUGUGGGGUGGUCUUCAUUUUUUUUAUCAUUGUUUUUUUCCCUAGGUGUACUGUUCUGUAUAUUGGCAUUUUUUUGUACAAUACAUGGGUGAGAAUGUAAAUGGGGAGGGGGGGGGGGGGUUGUGAAAUAGUACUCUUAUUUUCCUGUGAAGCAAACAGUGGGAAGGUGCUUUACUGUGGUGUAACAACUUGGUCAUUGUUAGUUGGCUCACUGGAACGGUAUUUUACAUGACGGCAAGUGGAGAGAAGUGAGGGAGUGGCUGUUUUCAAAGGGCCAAUUCACCCAAAUUACAAAAAAAGCAGGUUGUCUGGCUUAACACAAGUUAUGCUAAACCAUGUAAAUAUGCUUAGUUUUUAUUUUCCCAGGGUUUGAUAUGUGCUUCUAUGAGAUGUCUACCUUUACUACAAUAUAUUUCGGGCUAGGGUGUGCAAAACGACAAGGUGAGACAAUAUGUGUCAAAUGUCAGAGAUCUUGCCACAAUGUUUUAACCAUACGAGUUGUCCCUUUAAUAUAUAUCUGGCUAUUUUAAGUCUUGUGAGCAAAAUUUUGUCAAAUCAACUGUGCAAUAUUGGUUAUGUUUAGAUACAUUGAAGAUACAGAUGCAAAUAUACUAUAUAUAUAUAUAUAUAUAUAUACUGUAUAUAUAUAUAUAUAUUACAACAAAUCCUAUGAAAAGACCACUGAUUUACAAUAAUACGCAAUAGUCUGUGUAUUUAAAACCUGAUAUUUAUUAUUGCUCUCUGCCUCCAUUGUUAUCCACAAACUAUUACAAAGACAUCAGUGAGCCACUCUCAAUUGAACACAAACACACACGCACACGCUGUACUGUCAAUCCAAUAUACACAAACAAUGAUGUAGCCCAUUGUGUAUUAAUCUGCUGCUGAAAAUAGUCCCCUACUAAUGCACAUUGAGCAACUCAGAGUUGAGUGCAUCAUUUAUCAUUGUGUUGUUUGUGGUCUUUUCAUGAGAUGUGUUGUUAAUAUGAAAAAUACAGAAAUCUCCAUUCCUCAGAGAUUGCAAUGCCUUUUGAUAAUUGAUAUUCCUGCAUAAGAUGUCAUAUAUCAUAAGGAUUUUAUCCGUAAUCCCCACUUCCAGAGUUAAGUGGAGGUAGACGGUUUUAGGUUAAAACUUCCUUUGCUAAAAUUAAAUUUUCCUGUAUGUUUGACAACAUGCAUUAUUGUUUUCAGGAAAACUUCUUUGGAUAAUAUUUGGGAAAUAUGGAACGAUAAGUACAAUUGCAACACCUUGUAGUUUUUGGUGAAAAUGUUAAUGUUUUGCUGAAAUCUGUCCAGAUAAGGGGUUAUGUGAGCUUCAUUGAGACGGAUUGCUUAAUUAUUGUAGCAACAUUUUGUAAAUACUUAAAGGCGACAAUCUCAAAGACAGAUAUCUCAAAUCCUGAACAAAACUAUUUUCAUGGCUGGACUCCACAAGAGGUAUAUGAACAAAAGUUAUUUUUUUAAGUGAUUUGGGUGAAUGAACCCUUUAACUUCUCUACUUGUUGCAUCAUGUAACAAUCCCUUUUACUCUGCUAACUGAGAACACCAUUUAAGUGUGUACUUGAGUCGACAUAGACAUGAUUCUCACCUGAGGUUCUAGGAUAAAAACGAGAAAAAAAAACUGUUUCUGUGUGAAAACAUUUUGCUACAAAAGAAUA